GGAAGGAGAGAAGAAUACACUUUGCUCUCUUGUUGGUAUCAAAUAAUAUCAACUGAAUUACAGACAUCCCAACACUUUGCCUAGGCAGCCUGCUGAGCAAGGUACUUCAGCCAGCAUGGCUGUCUCUUUGCCCCCCAUGCUGGGACUCAGUUCUGUCCCAGAUGAAAUACAGCACCCGCAAAUUAAAUUUUCAGAAUGGAAAUUUAAGCUGUUCAGGGUGAGAUCCUUUGAAAAGUCACCUGAAGAAGCUCGAGCAGAAAAGAAAGACUCCCCUGAGGGGAAACCGUCUCUAGAGCAAUCUCCUGUAGUCCCGGAUGACGCUGGCGGUCAGAAGCCAGCUUUGGCUCAACCAGCAUUAAAGCCACACCCUAAGUUUUGGAAGAAGUUCCACGAUGAUGGAAAAGCAAGAGACAAAGCAAUCCACCAAGCCAACCUUCGACAUCUCUGCCGCAUCUGUGGGAAUGCUUUUCAAAGCGAUGGGCACAGUAGGAGAUAUCCAGUCCAUGGGCCUGUGGAUGGUAAAACCCAAGCCCUUUUACGAAAGAAGGAAAAGAGAGCCACUUCCUGGCCAGACCUCAUUGCCAAGGUUUUUCGGAUCGAUGUGAAGGCAGAUGUUGACUCGAUCCACCCCACUGAGUUCUGUCAUAUCUGCUGGAGCAUCAUGCACAGGAAGUUUAGCAGCACCCCACAUGAGGUUUACUUCCCGAGGAAAGCAACCAUGGAGUGGCACCCCCACACACCUUCCUGUGACAUCUGCCACACUGCCCGUCGGGCACUUAAGAGGAAGAGUUGUGAGCCAAAUGCGCAGCUCAGCAAAAAACUCAAAACGGUGGUGGACCGAGCAAGACAAGCCCGUCAGGGCAAGAAAAGAGCUCAGGCAAGGAUCAGCAGCAAGGAAAUGAUGAAGCAGAUUGCCAACUGCAGUAAGAUACAUCUUAGCACCAAGCUCCUUGCGGUGGACUUCCCGGCAAAGUUUGUGAAAUCUAUCUCCUGCCAGAUUUGUGAACACAUUCUGGCCGACCCUGUGGAGACCACCUGUAAGCACGUAUUUUGCAGGAUCUGCAUUCUCAGAUGCCUCAAAGUCAUGGGCAGCUAUUGUCCCUCGUGCCGAUAUCCAUGCUUCCCGACUGAUCUAGAGAGUCCAGUGAAGUCCUUUCUGAGCAUCUUGAAUUCCCUAAUGGUGAAAUGUCCAGCACAAGAGUGCAAUGAGGAGGUCAGCUUGGAAAAAUACAAUCACCAUGUCUCAAGCCACAAGGACUCCAAAGAGACUUUCGUGCAUAUUAAUAAAGGAGGCCGGCCCCGCCAGCAUCUUUUGUCACUGACCCGGAGGGCUCAGAAACACCGUUUGAGAGAGCUCAAGCUGCAAGUUAAGGCCUUUGCUGACAAAGAAGAAGGUGGAGAUGUCAAGUCUGUGUGCCUGACCUUGUUCUUGCUGGCGCUGAGGGCGAGAAACGAGCACAGACAAGCCGAUGAGCUGGAGGCCAUCAUGCAGGGUCGGGGCUCUGGCCUGCAGGCAGCUGUUUGCUUGGCCAUCCGUGUCAACACCUUCCUCAGCUGCAGUCAGUACCACAAGAUGUACAGGACUGUGAAAGCCAUCACAGGGAGGCAGAUUUUUCAGCCUUUGCACGCCCUUCGGACUGCUGAGAAGAUCCUUCUGCCGGGCUACCACCCCUUUGAGUGGCAGCCACCUCUGAAGAACGUGUCUUCCAGCACUGACGUGGGCAUUAUUGAUGGACUGUCUGGGCUGUCCUCCUCUGUGGACGAUUACCCAGUGGACACUAUUGCAAAGCGGUUUCGCUAUGAUUCGGCUUUGGUGUCUGCUUUAAUGGACAUGGAAGAAGACAUUAUGGAAGGCAUGAGAACCCAAGACCUUGAUGACUACCUGAGUGGCCCCUUCACCGUAGUGGUGAAGGAGUCUUGUGAUGGGAUGGGAGAUGUGAGUGAGAAGCACGGGAGUGGGCCAGCAGUUCCAGAAAAGGCAGUUCGAUUUUCGUUCACAGUCAUGAAAAUCACUAUAGAACAUGGCUCACAGAAUGUGAAGGUGUUUGAGGAAGCCAAACCCAACUCUGAAUUGUGUUGCAAGCCCUUGUGCCUUAUGCUGGCAGAUGAGUCCGACCACGAGACCCUGACAGCCAUCCUGAGCCCUCUCAUUGCCGAGAGGGAGGCCAUGAAGAGCAGCGAGUUAAUGCUUGAGAUGGGAGGCAUCCUCCGGACUUUCAAGUUCAUCUUUAGGGGCACCGGAUAUGAUGAGAAACUUGUCCGAGAGGUGGAAGGCCUCGAGGCUUCUGGCUCAGUCUACAUUUGUACCCUUUGUGAUACUACCCGCCUGGAAGCCUCUCAGAAUCUUGUCUUUCACUCCAUAACCAGAAGCCAUUCAGAGAACUUGGAGCGCUAUGAGGUUUGGCGCUCCAACCCGUACCAUGAGUCUGUGGAAGAACUGCGGGACCGGGUCAAAGGGGUCUCAGCCAAGCCCUUCAUUGAGACAGUCCCUUCCAUAGAUGCACUCCACUGUGACAUUGGCAAUGCAGCUGAGUUCUACAAGAUUUUCCAGCUAGAGAUAGGGGAGGUGUAUAAGAAUCCCACUGCCUCCAAAGAGGAAAGGAAAAGAUGGCAGGCGACACUGGACAAGCAUCUCCGGAAGAAGAUGAACCUGAAACCAAUCAUGAGAAUGAAUGGCAACUUUGCCAGGAAGCUCAUGACCAAAGAGACUGUUGAAGCAGUCUGUGAGUUAGUUCCCUCCGAGGAGAGGCACGAAGCUCUGAGGGAGCUGAUGGACCUUUACCUGAAGAUGAAACCUGUCUGGAGAUCAUCAUGCCCUGCUAAAGAGUGCCCAGAAUCUCUCUGCCAGUAUAGUUUCAAUUCGCAGCGUUUUGCAGAGCUCCUCUCUACCAAGUUCAAGUAUAGAUAUGAGGGCAAAAUCACCAAUUAUUUUCACAAAACUCUGGCACACGUCCCUGAAAUUAUUGAGAGGGAUGGCUCCAUUGGAGCCUGGGCAAGUGAAGGAAAUGAGUCUGGCAACAAACUGUUCAGGCGCUUUCGGAAAAUGAAUGCCAGGCAGUCCAAGUGCUACGAAAUGGAAGAUGUCUUGAAACAUCACUGGUUGUAUACCUCCAAAUACCUCCAGAAGUUUAUGAAUGCUCAUAAUGCAUUAAAAAACUCUGGGUUUACCGUAAACUCACAGGCAAGCGUAGGGGACCCGUUAGGCCUAGAGGACUCUCUGGAAACUCAAGAUUCAAUGGAAUUUUAAGUAGAGCAAUCACUAAUGAGUUGGUUUUGCAAAUGAGUUUUCCUCUGGGGUUGCGCUGAGACCUUCUCCUAGAACCCUUUGCUCCUGUGCGCAGGGUUUCACCACCGAGGUGGUGGCAGGUUGGAGAGGCCACAGAUGCUAAAACCAUGUCAGGAAUGAAUAACUGGUGAGCUGAUUGUUUGAGCUGUGUGAGUUCAGAGAAGCAACAGGAGAAAUCAGUUAUUUGAAAGCUCAAUAACUCAGACCAGGAGUAACUACAGGGGACCAGAGAUGAACAAAGAUCUGUGUGUGUGACCGAGUGACAUGAAAAUCAAAGCCGAUGUCAUCAAAGAAGAAGGACUAGUGAAGCCAGGAAAGGAAUUUGUCUUGUGGAUUUCAUUUUUUUACCCUUAAUUUCUUAUAGUUUGUAUUGAGGUACAAGCAUUUUCUAUAUCGAUUUUGUAGAAUUCUUUAUUUGAUAAUUUUCACAGAUCUCGGCUUACUCUACAAGAUUCAAGAGAACUUUUCAGAUUUCUCUAAUAUUAAUAACAUCUUAUAUUCGUAUGGCACAAUGACCUUUACAAAGUGUUCUCGAUGCAUUUUCUCAUUUGGUACAUUUAUACAGAAAUACCCUAGAUCCAGGAAAUUUUUGGAAAAUUAGACCUUUCUAGCUUUAAAUGAUGUCUCUGUUGUAACCUUAAGAAUUUAAGAGGGUAUUUGCUGCUGUAGAAGAAUACAGCUGUUGGCUACAGUUAGUUUUUCAAUCUUCUGGUAAUACAUGUUUACUGAGGUAUCAGGAGCCAAGUCUUGUUUUUAUUAUUACUUUUUAAUUUCAAUUCAUUUAGCCUCCAAAUGUUUUGUUAUAAAAUCUUGAAGCCACAGGGGCUUUUUAAAUCUGGGUUUGCUCACUGUAUAAAAACAGAUUCAAUGUCUUGCUGAAAAUUUCUGUCAGAAUUUCUCCAUAUAGCUUUGGUCAAUUUUAUUAAAUCCAGGUUUCAUGGAGUCUUUCCCUCUGUGAUGCGUUAUUCUUUCUAUUAUGCUCAGUUUAUUUUCAGUGUAUUUAGAUUUUUGUAACAGGGUACUUUUCCUACUUUUCCUACUUGCUAAAUUUAAGUGGAGCCUGCUCACAAGACAAUGGAAGAAUUAACAUUUGUAGAGUGGUUUUUUUGUUGCCACUUUUG